UUAUCUGCCUGAUUGCAUUAUAGGAAGUGGUGGAAUCUUAGCACAGAAUUUGGUCUUCCUGUCUAUUGUAUGCUCUACCUCAGAUGAUAGUAAACAUGGAUCGGAGAUGUCUUCGUUGGGUUCUUCUCUGCCUGUUGUGCAACACCCAAUUCAUGGUACAAGGUAUAAUGAUUGAUGUUAAACAUGAAUGCUGCAACUUGGGCAUUGACAUCGCACAGGAACAGAAUACAUGUACGGGAUAUAUUCUGCCAGAUAGCAUUUCUCUUCCUGAUCACGAUAGCUGCAGUAGAGUACUGGAAGUGUGCUGUGUGCAAGAAUUACAAACAUAUCAAUGUACUGAGGGUAUCCUGAUAGCCAGGGAGGGAGGGCAAUGUCAGAAGCAGAACACAGUUAUUGGAGGUGAAGAUUUUCAGGAAUGCUGUCAUUGUUGUCGUCUAGGAAUCAUGGCUAAAGAUGAAAUGCCGUUUGCUACGUGUGAUCGUAUUGUCAGCUUUGGUGAACCCUGUGAUGGAGCAUUCACAGAAUGUUGUGCCAGAGGUAGCAUAGUUGGACCAUACCCUACGCCAACUGAAACAGCAGAAGAGGAUAACAUGGAUGAGUGCACAGAGUUUCCUGAUCAGUUGUGUGCGCACACUUGUAUUAAUACACCUGGUUCCUUCAUGUGUGCUUGCGACGAGGGUUACACAUUACAGAUAGAUGGCAGAACAUGUGCACCAGUACGUGAUCCAUGUCUGAACUCUCCAUGUGAUCAUAACUGCGAUGUACUGAAUAAUGGUAAUAUAGUGUGUUCUUGUUUUGAUGGCUACCAACUAUUACCCGAUGGUGUUAGCUGUGGUGAUAUUAAUGAGUGUACAACUGGUAUAGACAACUGCCAACCAGGGGAAAACUGUGUCAAUAUCGUUGGGUCAUUUCAUUGUGAAGCUGGGUCUAAUGUUGGGAGGUGUGACCCUGGUUACCUUUAUAAUACAUUGACAAACAAAUGUGAUGAUGUUGAUGAAUGUAUAGAACUGGGCAGUCCGUGUGGAAGUUUACAAUGUAUCAACACUCCCGGUGCCUACCGAUGUCAACGUCAAAACCUCUGUGAUAUUGGAUUGCAGUAUGACACCCAAACACAGAGAUGUGAAGAUGAUGUGGACAGUAAUGGUAACUGUGUAGAUAUAAACGAAUGUCUUGGCAAUCCUUGUCCACAAAAUUCCAACUGUUAUAAUACCAGGGGUUCGUAUCGAUGUGCAGCAAGACAACAGUGCGGGGCAGGCUUUGAAAUUGACAAUAACGGACUCAGGUGUGUUGAUAUAGAUGAGUGUUUAGUCGGCAGCCACACUUGUCAAAGUAAUCAACGCUGUAUAAAUACCAGAGGGGGAUACAACUGUGAAUGUCCAGUCGGUUACAAAGCUAACCAGUUCACAAAGACAUGCGAAGAUAUCGACGAGUGUAAUGAUUGGCGAGGUCGAUGUCAGCAAAGCUGUGAAAACACUGAAGGUUCCUACAGAUGUACAUGUCAAGAAGGAUUUGAACUUGCACCGGACGGUGUCAACUGUAGAGAUAUUGAUGAAUGCGCAUCUGGAAAUCCAUGCACUCAACAAUGCGUUAAUUAUUACGGAUCGUAUCAGUGUUUAUGCCAACGUGGAUAUAGACUGAAUGCUGAUAAGCUCACAUGUGAUGAUAUUGAUGAAUGUUCUCUCUAUGCGUCACGUGGUAGUCUAUGCGUCGGUGUUUGUACGAACAUUCCUGGAUCGUAUAAAUGCACAUGCCCACCUGGAUACAGUCUGUUGGCUGAUGGCAGAUCAUGUAGAGAUAUUGACGAGUGUGAAGAAAGAAUAGACACAUGUUCUGCGACUGAGACGUGUUUCAACACCCGCGGUGGAUUUCGUUGCCAUAGCAUCACAUGUCCACCAUAUUUUGUCAAAGCAUCAGCAACUCGCUGUCGCCGGGAACAGUGUGCGAUUGAUGAUGCCGAGUGUAUAGGCUUGCCGUUCUCCAUCUCGUACAACUACAUCACAUUCCCGUCUGAUGUGCGUAUUCCAGCACGGCUCUUCACCAUGACUGCUGUUCCAUUUGGAACCAAUACAUACGACUUUUUUCUAACCAAGGGAAAUGAGGCGAAUGAAUUCCAGUUGCAGAAGGAACAACUUAAAGGAACAAUCUAUUUAAUCCAGCCCAUGACAGGACCAAGAGAUAUUGAACUUGAAUUAGAACUGAGAAGCUAUGACGAGAAUCGAUCAGAAGACGAGUUCCGAUGCGUAAAACAACGCUGUGCAGCCAACGAUGCUGAAUGUUUACUGGAGAAGACUGAUGCUAUAUCCUACAAUCACAUCUCCUUGCCAUCGAAUCUGACGCCGCCCAGACCACUGAUUACCAUGAGUGCCAUCACAACUGGUACACCAAGGAUUCGGUUCCACAUCGCUGAAGGUAACCAUGGUGGAUGGUUUGACGUAGUAUCCCAUGGUGCAUCAGGUACUGUUAGAAUGAUACGGAAUAUUAAUGGUCCAUUUCAUACGGUGCUCCGGCUGGAGAUGGAUCGCUUGAACAAUGCCAACAUUGUCACAAGUCGUACAGUAGCAUACUUGUAUAUUUACGUCUCACAAUAUUUCUUUUAAUAUAAAAUAGAUGAUUGUUUAUAUUAGCUAGAAUUAUUAUUGGAUUAUUUGACCGUAAAACCUGUAGCGAUGUGAGAUGCUGCCUAGAUUGGAAUUACCUUGGAAAUCAUAGGACAAAUAUAGACUCUUUAUUAUAUGUAAUUAUUGUUGAAGCAUACUAUUCUGAUUUCAUUUUACAAUAAAUAGAAUAAAUGUAAAAUUACUAUAUUUUGCUGAAUAUAGAGCUGUUUUUAUGAUGUACAAACCUUAUGAUUAUUUUUCAAAAUGGCAACCUGCAUGAAUUUUGUCAACAUUAAAGAUGUCAUAAUUUUGGUGCCUCUUUUUAA